UCACGGCUGCGACGGUGCCGCGCUGACGUUGUCAGAGCGCGCCCGGUCGCCGCUGCCCUCCCUUCCAGCCCGGUUCGGCGCCGCCAUGUGCCAGGUGGGCGAGGACUACGGGGCCCCCGCGCCCGAAGGGCCGCCGCCUCCGCGGCCUGGCUGUGAGCUAAAAUGUGUGAAGUGCAAGGAAGGCCUCCCUGUGGUGGUGAUCCGAGCCGGAGAUGCUUUCUGCAGGGACUGUUUCAAGGCGUUUUAUGUCCACAAGUUCAGAGCUGUGCUUGGGAAGAACCGGCUGAUCUUCCCAGGAGAGAAGGUGCUCCUGGCAUGGUCCGGGGGGCCGUCGUCCAGCUCCAUGGUCUGGCAGGUCCUCGAGAGGGUGUCCACCUGGGUGGAGAGUGGCCUCUGCUGGGCAAGCGUCCUGGGCUUCUGGCUGUGGGACUUAGACCCCAUCUCCUCCUGCUCCAGGGUCUGAGUCAAGAUUCUGCCAAAAGACUGCGUUUUGUGCCAGGGGUUGUCUACGUCGAUGAGGGAGCGGCCUGUGGCCAGAGCCGGGAGGACCGAGCCAAAACGCUGGCCGAGGUGGAGCUGGUCCUGCAGACCGCCGGCCUUCCGCGGCACGUCGUCGCUUUAGAAGAGGUGUUCAGCCUGCCCCCGUCCGUGCUGCGUGGCCUUGCUCAGGAGCCCUCGGGGACGCAGGGGGCCUACAAAACGGCUGUGGACAGCUUCCUCCAGCAGCAGCUCACGCCGGGGGCUGAGGGGCCCAGGGGAGGCCCCAGCGCAGCCCCAGGGGAGGAGCAGCUGAGCCGGCCCCGAACCCAGGACCCCCCGAGCCCCGCUGUGCCACCCGCAGCUGCCCAGACUGAGGCUCUGUCCAGGCUGUUCGGUUCAGUGAAGACCCUGACGGCCAAGGAGGAGCUUCUGCAGACCCUGCGGACCCACUUGAUCCUGCACGUGGCCCGGACCCAUGGCUACUCCAAGGUGAUGACAGGAGACAGCUGUACCCGUCUGGCCAUCAAGCUCAUGACCAGCCUGGCGCUGGGGAGAGGGGCCUUCCUGGCCUGGGACACGGGCUUCUCGGAUGAACGGCAUGGGGACGUGGUGGUGGUGCGGCCCAUGCGUGACCACACGCUGAAGGAGGUUGCCUUCUACAACCGCCUGUUUGGGGUCCCCUCUGUCUUCACACCAGCUGUUGACACGAAGGCCCCUGAAAAGGCCAGCAUCCACCGGCUGACGGAGGCCUUCAUGCUCCGGCUGCAGGCUCAGUUCCCCUCCACAGUUAGCACCGUGUACAGGACGAGUGAGAAGCUGGUCAAGGCGCCCAGGGACGGCCAUGCUGCUGGCCCCCCAGGCCCCCGCUGCCUCCUCUGUAUAUGUGCGCUGGACAUCGACACUGCCGACAGUGCCACCGCUUUCGGGGCCCAGACCCUGAAUCUCUCCCAGACACAGCCCCCCGCCCGACCGGCUGAGGCCAGGGUGCCCACAGGGCCCUGCUCUUCUGCAGGGAUGGAUGGGGCCCAGGGCUGCUGCCAAGUGGCCAGGCCACAUGGGAGGGGGGACCCCCGAUCCCAGGUUGUCCAGCACCUCUGCUAUGGCUGCCGCGUGACCGUGAGGGACUUGCCCUCCCUGGACCCCCUGCCACCCUACAUCCUGGCUGAGGCGCAGCUCCGGAGCCAGAGGUACAGGCUGACCCUCUACUGCGGAGCCCCGGGAGGGGCCUUCCUGGCGGGAGCACCCGGGGGCUGCUUCCCACUGAGUGCGUCCCCCAGGGCCCUGCCGCAGACCCAGGAGGCUCUGGUCCAGGAGGUGGUGACGCGCAUGCCGGUGAGAGCUGAGCCUGCGGCAAGUGCCCUGGACGAGAGCCGACCGCCAGGUCCCCCGUCGUGUGGAGCAGGAAGCCGUGGGUGGGCAGAGGGCACGUGACGGUCCAUUAGCAU